GAGGGCAGAGCAGAGGGAGAUUGAGAGAGAGAGAGAGAGAGAGAGAGAGAGCAGAGGAGAACAGAAAACAGAGAGCAGAGCAGGAUGAGGGUGGCGGUGGUCGGCGGCGGGGUGAGCGGGCUGGCGGCGGCGCAUGAGCUGCUUGCCGCCAGCGGCGGAGACGGCGUGCGUGUGACCCUGUACGAGGAGGAGGACCGCCUUGGAGGGCGUGCCAGCACGGUGGCCGUCGACGACGGCGCCGGACGCGUCCACCUCGACCUCGGCUUCCUGAUCUUCAACCAGGCAACAUAUUCCCACAUGAUGGAAUGGUUAGAGGGGCUCGGGGUGGAGAUGGAGAGAUCGGACAUGUCUUUCUCAGUGAGCACACAAUCGGACGGCGGCAGCACAGGAUGUGAGUGGGGCAAUGGCAACGGUAUCUCGAGCCUCUUGGCGCAAAAAACCAACAUACUGAAACCCAGUUUUUGGCGUAUGGUCCGUGAGAUACUCAAGUUCAAGAACGAUGCUCUGACGUAUCUGGAGUAUCAUGAACAUAACACUGAUGUGGACUGUAAUGAGACAUUGGGGCAGUUCAUUCAGUCACAUGGAUAUUCCCUAUUUUUCCAAGAAGCUUAUCUUAUUCCAGUGUGUGCAGGCCUGUGGCCAUCUUCAUCCCAAGGUGUUUUGAGCUUGUCCGCUUUCUUCGUGCUAUCAUUUUUCCGUAACCAUGACCUUCUUCAGCUGUUUCGCUACCCCCAGUUGCCCACUGUCAAGGCUCUUUUGCAGUCUGUUGUAGACAAGGUAAAAGGAGAAUUGGAAAGCAUGGGCUGUCGAAUUAAAACCAGCUGUCGGGUCAAAUCCGUUUCAAGUUUUGAUGGAGCUGGCCACAGAGUCUUGGAGAAUGAUGGUUCAGAGGAAACAUAUGACAGUGUUAUCCUUGGGGUCCAUGCACCCAAUGCUCUGAAAGUACUAGGAGCUGAAGCUACACAUUACGAAUUGAAAAUUCUAGGUGCUUGUCAGUAUGUCCACAGGGAUAUAUACCUCCACUGCGAUCAAAAUUUGAUGCCCCGAAAUUCGUCGGCAUGGAGCGCCUGGAAUUUCCUGGGGACAACUAGCAGGGGUUUUUCUGUUACUUACUGGCUAAACCAUAUUCAGAAAAUUGAAUCUGCCAGGCCUUUCCUGGUGACACUCGACGCCCCCUGUGUUCCGGAUCAUGUACUACAUAAAUGGUCUACAAGCCUUCCUGUUCCGUCUGUGGCUGUGGCGAAGGCUUAUCUUCAGCUUGAUAAGAUCCAGGGGAAGAGAGGAAUAUGGGUUUGGGGGGCAUAU